AUGGAGUUUCACCUUCGUGUGCCGCCGGAGAGGUGGUGCAUCACGAAAGCCGAGUUUUUCGCCUUCAUCGCAGAUGUGCGCGAGAUUUGGGAGCGCGAGAGGGGCACCUUACCAGGCGCAUACUUUCGCUUGAGCCCUGCCUCAACGGCAACAACCAUCCGUUCUCGAAUGAGAACUUUGACUGGUUUGGCCGAGGAGGUAGAUGGGCCAAACUUGUACCAAGUGAAUGACCACUAUGUGAAGCCCCUGACACUGGCUGCUGGGGGAAUGAGCUACGCACUGAUGAAGCAUCCUGAAGGACUAUUGUGCCAAGUCUUCAUCUCUCAUGCCUGGGCAGAAGGUAUUUUCGAGCUAGGUGAUCAGGUCAAACGAGCGUGGCCGCGGCUUCAACUUUUGCGCAAUCUGUAUUGCUGCUUGCUGGCCAACCCACAGAAUCUUGACAUGAGAACCUGGCUGAACGUACCCCCCCGAGCAAAGCCCCUUUGCUCGGGCAAUGCAAAGCGCUUCCCAUGUAUUGAUCAUCCCAAACAGCACUGUUAG